UUUCCUCACAGUGGGGUCAGGGGCCCCUUCAGGUCCGCAGGGCGUCUGGGGAUGAACUCGCAGACACAUUUCCACGUCACAGAUUCAAUCUUAAAACUUUAUCCUGUGGUUUUUGUUUGUUUUCUUUCUCCCUGGGUUUUUUUUGUUUUGUUUUGUUUUUUGGUGUCGGUUUGUGGGAAUCUGAGCCCCAGGAAAACAGAAAAAGCUCUCCCUUGUGUCUGUCACUGUGACCGCCCACAGCACCGAGCUGAACGGGGGGAGAGAGAAAGUGGAGCUUUGUGAAUGACGGGAGCGGCGGAGAGCAGAAAACAAACUUUACCACUUUAUUCCCUACAGCCUGCCUCCAUUUUCCCUCCCAGACAAUAAAGUUCGGAUGUUUAGGAGCCGACACCGAACCGGAGGAGUCCCGAAGCUGUUGUGCCGUCGAAGUUUUCCAGAAAAGUUGUAGAAGAUGUUUGUUACUUUAUCGAUUUGUUUCUACCUGCUGGUGAUGGUCGGUGCAGACCCUUGCCUCAUCAUCAGCGAGAUCAACGCUGAUAACCCCGGACUGGACACCACCGAGUUUGUGGAGCUCUACCACACCAGUGGACAGCAAGCCUCCCUGGACGGCUACACCCUGGUGUUUUAUAACGGCAAAGGGAACGUAGCCUACAAGGUUCUGGACCUGAAGGACCACAGCACGGACGACAGAGGCUUCUUCCUGGUCGGCUCCCUGGACCUGGUGCCCAAGCCGGCCAUCCUCCUUCCCCCAAACACGGUCCAGAACGGCCCGGACGCCGUGGUCCUCUACCGCACUGCCGCCGCCCGCUACCUGGAGAAGAUGAACGUCACGGCGGUGGGGCUGGUGGACGCUGUGGUCUACAUGACGCGGCGCUCCGGAGGAGCCGAGUUCCUGGCGGAGGUCCUGACGCCCGGGGAGCCGGCGUUUGUUGAAGACGAAGCGGCGCACGAGGCGGACGAGUCGAUCGAAAGGUGUCUGCUGUCGGAUGACCAAUGGGGCUUCCAGGUGUCCCUGCCGUCUCCAGGUCAGCGGAACAACUGCACCCCGCCGGCCGCGCCGCUGACCAGUCCCUUCAUUAACGAGCUGAAGCUGGGCAGCGGACAGGUGGACGGGUCGGUGGAGCUGACGGACGCCUCGGCUGCAGGGCCCGUUGUGCUGGUGGUGUGGGAUGGGAAAACGGACAAGGUUAGCGUUAGCAUGGACGUGGACACCUCCAGGAAUGGACUCAACUUUAUGACCGUCAACAAGAAAUACAUGAAAGGCGAUGAGUCUGGCGCUGUGGCUAUUUACAGCGGCAGAGCUGCAGACUUCCCGGUGGGGAGUCCGCUGAGGCAGACGCAGCCUCUCGAUGCGUUUGUGUUCGCCGGGCCUGGAAACAAGCCGAGCGCCAACCUGACGGAGACGCUGAUCCCCGGCAGGCUGCCGUUCCAGCUCAGCACCAGUUUGCGAGAGGGCGGCUUCCACCUGAGUCGCUGCGGUGUGGCUACCUGGGCCAGAGAUCCCGGCACCUUCUGGGAGGCGCCACAGACUCCCGGGCUGCCCAACAAAUGCCCCUGGCCCAAAAUCUGCCCCCACACCAUCUUGAUCCCUGGCGGUACGGAUUCGCCGCCUCACCUGCCGCCGGGCAGCAGCGGCGACUUCCUGAUCAAUGAGCUGAACACGGACACGCCGGGCGCGGCCGAGGACGGGGAGUACAUCGAGCUGUGGCACCCGUCGGGCCUGCGGGCCUCCCUGCAGGGCGUCUGGAUUCUGCUCUUCAGCGCGCACAACAACAAGCCGUACCGGGAGAUCAGCCUGAGCGGCCACUUCACCACCUCCAAGGGUUACUUCCUGCUGGGCAGCGACAGGCUGGCGCCGGCGCCGUCGCUCCGCCUUCCUCCCAAUACCAUCCAGAACGGGCCGGACGCCGUGGCGCUGUACCGCAGCCUGUCCGGCCCGCCGUCGGCGGUCCAGAGGGGGAUCCCGACCCGGGGCCUGCUGGACGCCGUGGUGUACCGGCAGAGGGGGUCGGACAUGGGGGCGCAGGAGCUGAGCAAGGCGCUGACCCCGGGGCAGCUGCCACUGCUGGAGGAUCCCGAUGUUCUGCCCGGUGAUGAAGCACUCAGCCGCUGCGGAGGCCUCUACCCGCUGGACCUGUCAGCUUUCUCGGUGGCUCCGCCCACUCCUCUGCGGGAGAACACCUGCCCCCGUCCUCCUCCGGCGCCGGAAGGCGUCGUCAUCAGCGAGGUGUCGAGCGCGCGCUGGAGCAACCACAGCCAGCAGGCGGGCUUCGUGGAGCUGCAGGGGCCGCCCCUGACCGACCUGAGGGGCCUGGUGCUCUCCGUGUUCGACCAGGACGUCAGCGGGACCGCCAUCGCUCUCCCGCUAAGAGGAGUCAUCGGCCAGGGCGGCUUCUAUGUCGUUGGACAUGACAAUGACUCAGAUCAGGAGUUUCCGGACGGAACCUCGGUGCCGGCGGGAGGAGCCGCGGUCCUCUGCUACGACCUGUUCAGCGUCUGCAGAGCCGGUACCGCGCUGACCAACUCCAGCCUCAGAGACGUGCUGGUGUUCAGCGAGAACCAGCGGCUGCUCUCCUCUCUGUCCACCACCAGGGGGCGACAAGUCAUGCCUUCUCUCAGGUCCGUGGGGAACGGUCCCGUCUCGCUCAGCCGCUGCUCCUGCUGUGAGGUCCGCAGCCCGUCGUCGUGGACCAGCUCGUCUCCAACGCCGCAUAGCAACAACGUCUGUCCAAGCUCCGCCUACUCCAGUCAAAUCGACCUCUGCCUCGGACCGCCGGCCGGCAGCUGGCAGGAGCAGCCAGGAGACUGCAGCGGUCUGAUUCAGGGAGCAAAGAUGGCGGAAGUGGCUGAUUACCUGGAGCAAAGAUGCGACUGCGGCAUCUCAGCUCUCUAUCUACAAGGCACCAACGUUUCCUGCGUGUCCGGAUGGCUGCGGGUUCAGGGCGACAUCCAGGCGCUGUCUGACCACCAGAGGGCGCUCAUCAUCCAGACGUGCAGCGCGGACUCCUCUGCUGCUCGGGCCGAGGCCUGCUCUCCUCCCAGCACGGGCCGCUACACCGGAGCAGCGUCGGCUCUGGGUUUACAGAUCGGACUGAUCGUCGCCGUUCUGCUGCUGCUCGGACUCGGAGCGGCUCUGUUCACAUACCUCUACAGGAGGAGGCGUCCGUUGGACUACUACACCAUGGAGCUGAGCGAACACGCGGAGGGCCUGUCGGAUCUAUAACCGGCGUGUUUUCAGCGUCUGGAAGGCGAUCCGGGAAAGUCAGAGGAUGUUUUCAGGUAUUUGUGAGCGGGGACGCUGCGGGCGGAUCUCCGAUGGAAAUGACUUUGUAAUUGUUCAGGAGGGAGCCGCGCAGCGCGAUGCGGCGUUUCUGGCUCCAGAUAAUAACGUAGUUUUCUAAAGACGGAUGUGAGACUCUUUGAAACUGCUGGUUAUCGAUUGUAAGGGAAAUUCAGAAAGAAGAGGGAGCGCUUUUUCUUAUUACGCGAGUCCUAAAUACGCAUUUGUUGACUUGUUUGUUCCACUUUUUAAAUCAAAACAACUUUACUUUGGGUCAGUUUUGCAGGAAGCUCCUAAAUAAUCCUUGUUCUUAAAAACGGUCCGGUUUUAUUUUAGAUCGUUUGUCCCUUAAAUGUGAAUGGCUUCUAAUGGUCGAAUGUGCCUGUAACCACUCUUUAUGUGCUUGCUUGAAGCAAAUUGUUUACACUUUCCUAAGUGAGAAUUUGAAGAAAAAUGAUCCUAAACGAAGAGUGUUUGGAAAUUACGUUAUUUUUCUCUCGCGAACCGAAUCCCUGCUGGUUUUUAUUGGGAUGCACCGUUUGCUCUGCUGAUUAUUGGAAUCGGCUGAUUUUCUAGCUUGAAAAAACAACAGUCAGAAGGUUUCAUGCUGGAAUGGAAAUUUCCUUCAAACUUCAAUAAUUUGAACUUUGAUCACAGAGGAAUCUUUAUGAAUCAUUGAUAUAUUUUUUAAAUACAAAAAUUGGGUGAACAAGUUUUUCGUAUUUCUGUUUUUCUUCCACAAAAUGUUUACAAUAAACAGAAAACCCAGAGAUAUAAACACUCCGCCCAGUAGGGGGCAGACUUCCUGACCGGAACCACAGCUCUCUAAAGCCUGACUAUUUAUCUCAUAUGUAGUUUUUUAUUUUUGAGGACUCUUCUGUCAGGCUAAAGUUUGAGUCACAUGCAGACAUCUUUAUUGCAUUCUGCGGCUAAAGCUAACUAGCUGCUAAUAUACCUUUUAGGGCUAGCUAGCCAGCUAGCGAGCUUUUUCAAGUACAUAAUGGGUAAGUGUAAAUUUAUCACCAAUUUAUCAUCUUUUGUACAAGUCUUAAAUUUCAUUUCCAAUGGGGUGGACCUAGCCCCGCCCCAGAGGCGCAGCUCCGCCCCCUCUUAACUUGUGUUGAAUUACACAGUUAAAUUUGAUAUAUAAAGCAUCUUUAUAACAACUAAUAACAAUAUUCACUUCUUUAUAUUUGUAUUUAAAUGUUGAAUUCUGUCAGAAACAGCAUUUUGUAGAAAUCUGGAUUAUGUAAUUCUACACAAAUCUACAGAAAUCAAAACUCGGACCGGCCCUGCAGCAGCAAUCGGUGCAUUUCUACUCAGAAACUUAUCGUCCAAUCAGCUGAUCUCUUACUUACAUGUGCACUACAGCUCUGUCCUCAUCUAAUGAGAUCCUCAGAAAUGUUCAAUGUUUGCCUGAAAAACCGAAAUCUGUGCAUUUAUUUUAUUUCUACUGAAAUCUGAUCUGAAUGUCUCCAAGGAUGUUUCUGUUCCUCUGUUAAACCUGGGAAAAUAUUACAAAUCAGGCCACUUCUGCAGCAUGCAGCCGUCAUUAUUUUGUGUGUAAUAGAAUAUUUUCUGGUAAACUUUAUUCUGCGUUUUCAUUAAACAGUGGAUGUUGUAAAUUAUGAAUAUUUUUUCUUUUAAAAUGUCUUUUUUCCCAGAUUUUCUGCAGAUUUGAAUUCUUUUAAAUUAUUUGUUCAUUCAGCCCCAGAACAGUCAUUAUAAGCUGUUGUUUUUCAGACGUUGAAUAAAUUGACUCCCUGCAGCAGAAAAUUUCUCCAUGUCACUAAAAACACUGGAAAAUGUUUUGUUUUUUUCAUUAUCAACACAUUAAGUGUUCAUUUCCUCUCCAGUGUUUCACAUAUUAAACUGAAAAACCUUCA